AUGGUACGCGGCAGUUCGGAUAAAGGAAGACCCAAAAGAUACUGCUGUGAUGAUUGCGAGCAAGUCUUCACCACUUCAUCAAACCCGAAGAUCCAUAAGAAAACUCACACUGGUGAUAAACCAUACAGAUGUAAUCAGUGUUGUGCGGCUUUUACCCAGCGAGGUCAUUUGACGAGACACCAACGUAUUCACACUGGAGACAAGCCUUACAGGUGUGAUCAGUGUGGAGCGGCUUUUGCCCAGAAAAGUGCUCUAAUGAGUCACCAACGUAUUCACAGUGGUGAUAAACCAUACAGCUGUGAUCCGUGUGGAGCGGCUUUUGCCCAGCAAGGUGCUCUAACGACUCACCAACGUAUUCACACUGGAGACAAGCCUUACAGGUGCGAUCAGUGUGGAGCGGCUUUUGCUGAGCAAGGUCAUUUCAGGAGACACCAACGUAUUCACACUGGGGAAAAGCCUUACAGAUGCGAUCAGUGUGGAUCGGCUUUUGCCCGGCAAGAUCAUUUGACGACACACCAACGUAUUCACACUGGAGACAAGCCUUACAGAUGUGAUCAGUGUGGAGCGGCUUUUGCCCGGCAAGAUGACUUGACGAGACACCGACGUAUUCACACUGGGGAAAAGCCUUACAGAUGUGAUCAGUGUGGAGCGGCUUUUGCUCGGCAAGGUGAUUUGACGGCACACCAACGUAUUCACACUGGAAACAAGCCUUACAGGUGUGAUCAGUGUGGAGCGGCUUUUGCCUGGCAAGGUCAUUUGACAAGUCACCAACGUAUUCACACUGGAGACAAGCCUUACAGGUGUGAUCAGUGUGGAGCGGCUUUUGCCCGGCGAGGUCAUUUGACAGGUCACCAACGUAUUCACACUGGAGACAAGCCUUACAGGUGUGACCAGUGUGGGGCGGCUUUUGCCCGGCAAGGUUGCCUAACGAGUCAUCAACGUAUUCACACUGAAUAAAAAGUGUACAUUUGUGAUCAGUGGUGAUAUCAUUUAUUUUGAGAGUUCAGUUAAAAGGCACCAAUUUAGUUAUUUUAGUUUGAAAGAAAUAAUUCUGGUGGUUCGAUUGUGGGAAAGAUUUUAAACAUUUUAUUUAAAAAGCAGCAGAUUCUUACAGCUGUAAGAGCUGUUCAUUUAUAACCAGAUUUAGACUGGAUAAAAAUAUUAUACAGCUCUCCCAAGGCACGUGUAAGGACAAAUGACCAAAUCUCUACAAGUUUUACCUUGCAAAGAGGCACUAGACAGGGUUGCCCUCUCUCUCCCUCAUUAUUUGCAAUAUUUAUCGAACCUUUAGCAGCAGCUAUUAGACAAAAUCAAAAUA